CUUGUGCAUGUGACAAUAACCCAUUAAAACUUGUCCAAGACUACCACCUAGUGGACAGUUUACUUACUAAAAACGCUUUAUCAACUUGACCGGAUCCAGUUUGGCCCUCACUGACUAGCCGUAGUCAAAAGCGUCCUAGCAACGGGGCGGAUAGGAACCUUCAUUUAACAACAAGCUACUUAUCUCCCACAACACAAAACAACAAUACGUUACCGCUUAUACAGUCUUAAAUUAUAAUAUUUGUGUUUGUUUAAAAACAAUCUAUAUUCUCAAGUUAUCGUAUGAAGCGGGAUGGCUAUCAACAACCCAUCGGUGUUUCUGUUGAUGAUAAACGGACAGAUAGAAGGGGCGAAUUUUCCAGAGUAUGAUGACCUGUACUGUAAAUACUGCUUCGUCUACGGACACGACUGGGCUCCCACCUCGGGUCUAGAGGAGGGUAUAUCUCAGAUUACGUCGAAAGGCAGAGACUCUCCUCAGAGAAUGAUCUGGAAUUUUCCUCUGGAGAUCACCUUUAAGAGCACCAACCCAUUAGGCUGGCCUCAGAUCGUGGUAAGUGUCUACGGUCCUGAUACGUUUGGUAACGAUGUGGUCAGAGGAUACGGAGCAACACACAUCCCCUUCACUCCUGGACAACACACCAGAACCAUCCCAAUGUUUGUUCCUGAAUCCACAUCAAGACUACAGAAAUUCACAAGUUGGCUGCUGGGGCGGCGUCCAGAGUUCACCGAUCCUAAAGUCGUGGCCCAGGGAGAGGGCAGAGAAGUGACCAGGGUCCGUUCUCAGGGUUUCGUCUCCCUCUCCUUCCACAUUGUGACUAAAGACAUGAAGAGACUGGGUUACGACACCACACCUUCCGAGACCUCACACACUCUGUCACACACUGCUGCAGCAGGCAUCGGACCGGGAGACCAGCCCUACAGCACGUGAUGGAAACACACACAGGGACCAAAGACAACACCAUCUCCCUCCCUGACCCCUGUGUGUGGUCCCAUCAGUAGCAGCUGGAUACUGUAGGUGUUAGUGAUGUCUGGUCUCUCUCCUCGAGGAACAGGAGAGCUUCUACCCGCCCACUUCCAUUCAGACUGAUCUAGGACCUGCUGAUCCACUGAUCCCUCUAUAAUAAGGCUGGUUUAAAGACAUCUGACUGAUCCAGGACCUGCCGAUCCCCUCUAUAGUAAGGCUGGUUUAAACAAUGCCUUUUAAAUGUCUCUUUUUUUUAAAGCCGCAUUGUGUACAACCUUCAAAUGUAUUGAAUCCCCAGCCUCCCCGUUUAUAACCAGGUGUUCGUAAGUCAUCGUGUUCGGUCUGAGGAUCUGUCUCUCUCUCUCAGGGAAGUCAAGUUACUGUGUUACUAAAAAAAAAAGGGUCCCGAUUCAAAUCAGUUCCUCUUUACGUUUUGACAGCGUCGGAGGUGGAAGUGGGUUAACGAUAGUAGGACGGGGCGUGGCUUCCUGACAACGAUCACCGAUUGGACAGCCACCCAACCUCCAAAAAAAUAAAAUAAACAUCGGCUUAUGCCGGUUAUCGCUUGAUCUGCAUUGUAAUUUUUUGACUGAUAAUAAAAUGUGUUUCAUGAACAAGG